AUGGGUAAGGGAAACAACUCGAGAGGGGAGAUGCGAGCCCCGGAUCCUUUGCCUGGCACACCAUUGAGGCGUAACCCUACUCCCAUCUUGAGAACAAAGGCUUUAUUAGAGGGAAUCUCAGCAAGCAUAUUCUUCAUAUGCUUCUCACUUCUGCUUCUCGGUUUUGGCGCAGUUGUUGCCCGCAAAGACAAACAGAUCGUCUACCAGCCGACAUGGAACACCAUCCAUGGAAUAUCCCUCAAGCUUGGCACCAUAUUCCCGAUCGUGUUUGCCGCUGUCGUCGGACGGGCAAUCAGGACUUUUACAGCAUGGCGCCUCGAGCAUGGCACGCGGCUCGCAUUUGUUGAGCAGAUGAUGGGAAGCCUGACCCUAGGGAGUGCUCUGUUGACCACCUACAGUCUGCAGGCUCUGAAUAUUCUAACGGCUAUUCUUGCCAUCAUUUGGGCAAUGUCGCCACUGGGUAGCCAAGCAGCGCUGCUCAUGAUCACAACCGAGCCAGUUGCGGCUACGAAUCAUACCCAGCUGGUCUAUUUCGACACAAUUAUCAGAAAUGCAAGUAGCGGCAUAUCUGGCACUUCCGGGACUACAUUUAUAGGGAGUAAUUCGGAGGUUACGUUUGCGGCUUCGUUGAAUGGACUGUACAAUGCAUGUCUACUUCAGUCGAAUCUGACUCGAAAUUCGAAUAACGAUCUUUGGGGCAAUGUCAAGAUACCAGAUAUUGUCAAGUCGCAGCUUACCAAUGGAGAUGACGAUUGGCUGCUUGUAGGAAACGCAAGCGGCAUCGUGUAUUCGUCGCUACUGGGCAUUCCAAUCUCUGGGCUUCAAGCAGCCCUUAACACAACGUUCCACGUUGAGACAGCGUAUCUGUCGCUGUUCUGUCAGAACAUCACUAUCAAUGACAGCAGGCUCCCAAUAACAAACUUUGGCACAAAUUCAACCGUCUCGACCAGUGCUGAGGUGUCGCAACCUUGGAUCAACCAGACGAUUUGUGCAACCACGCCCAACAGCUUCAACAUCUGUCUGGAUGGAUUCUACAACGUAACACAAUUUGGUGGCUUUGGCAGCGUGUCCUCGUUUGGCAACGGUACAGACUUCUUCUUCCCUGCCCGCACUCUGUCUUUCCAGACAUUCCCAAAUACGGCUUCCGCUAAGCUGGUUGCCCAAUGUCCCAUCACUACCGUCUACGUAGAAUCUUCCAUCUCUUGCAACGGCACAAACUGUACGGUUGUGGCUAUGCGACCGUCCAAGUUGCCGCAUCCGGAAAGCAACUACACAGGGCUUAGCUUCGGCGAUGCCUUUUUGGAUUUUGGCAAGGCGCUGGCGAAGUCGGUUGGGCAAAGUAUACACGCAAGCUCGAGCAGCACGACGGAGGCGUUUUUGCUCAACCCAGACCAAGCUGGCCUCGGAGGCUCCACUGGCUUGGACUUUACCAAUAUCGAUGUGCAUGAAGUUCCCGCGCGUCUACAACAAAUCAUCAACACCUAUUGGUACGGCAGCUUUAAUCCAUCGUCAACCAUGGGAGGCUUUGUAUCGGGCACGGCACCAGCUUCCAAUCAAACAGCAGCCGCUGUUAUCUCUAUAGAGCAUGUCAGAUAUACAGUGCAUUGGAAAUGGCUAGCGCUCUUCGUCGUGACAGCAGCUACUAUGGCGCUGUGUGCACUGGUGAGCUUGUUCCUUACCUUUAAAGUCCGUGGACCGGACGUGCUGGGUUAUGUUUCGACAACUGUUGCAAACUCAGAAUAUAUUCAUACAGGGCGCGGAGUGGAAAGCGUAAUGGGUGGUGCGGAGAGAGCCAGAGUAUAUGGCUCAAUACGCUUAAGACUUAUGGAUGUACACUCAGAACAGCCAGUGGGUUUUAUUGCUAUUGCUGAAAAUACCAAGGGUAAUAGCUGUAGGAGUUUACAACAAAAAGACCGCAAGUAUUAUUAG